UGGAGACAAAUCAGUGUGUCAGUUGUGAGAUAAAAGUAUUACGAAAUUUUUUCUGUAGUGGUUUGAAUGAUUCACUUUCUAAUUAAUAGUCUCUGUUAUUGUUAUUUAUUUUUCUAGUUGCUUGACAUUAAAAUGCCUAAGUGACAAUAUAGUACACUUGAUGGUUAAUAUGUGUAUGAUUGUAUUUUAUUAUUGUUUUAAGAGGUAUGUGCUCAACUUUAGAAGGUUCAAGAGAUGCUACCUAAGUUUCCCGACUUCAGGCAUCGGCAGUCCCUCCCUAUACCACGCCCUGGUGGUCAUCUUCUUGGAAUUUUUUGCCUGGGGAUUGCUCACCAUGCCCGUCAUCUCCGUGCUCAAUUCCACGUUCCCUGAUCAUACUUUUUUGAUGAACGGGUUGAUUAUGGGAAUUAAGGGGAUCCUGAGCUUUCUGAGCGCUCCGUUGAUUGGCGCUUUGAGCGAUGUUUGUGGCAGGAAAUUGUUCCUGUUAGUCACAGUGUUCUUCACCUGCUUGCCCAUCCCCCUCAUGACUAUCAACACGUUUUGGUUUUUUGCCAUGAUCUCAAUAUCAGGUGUUUUUGCUGUAACAUUUAGCGUAGUAUUUGCUUACGUAGCUGACGUCACCGAUGUAAAAGAGAGAUCACUUGCCUAUGGCUUGGUAAGUGGCACUUUCGCUGCUAGUAUGGUCAUCUCACCAGCCUUGGGGGCUUAUUUAAUGGAAAGAUGGUCAGUUUCUCUAGUAGUCGCCCUUGCCACAGCGGUAGCAAUCUUAGACGUAUUUUUCAUUUUGGUGGCCGUACCAGAAUCCUUGCCUGAAAAAGUACGAGUAUCGCCGAUCAGUUGGGAGCAAGCCGACCCUUUUGCCGCUCUAAGGAACGUUGGUCAAGACCCGACUAUAUUACUAUUAUGCAUAGCAGUAUUUCUGAGUUACCUGCCAGAGGCGGGACAGUACAGUUGUAUCUUCGUCUAUUUAAAACUAGUCAUGGGGUGGAGUGCCCCGAUGGUUGCAGUUUUCGUGGGUCUGGUGGGGUUGCUGGCAGUUAUAACGCAGCUUUGCUUAGGUAUUUUAAUUAAAAACCUCGGAGCAAAGCACACCAUCAUGCUGGGCCUCUUGUUCGAGAUGCUCCAGUUAUUGUGGUACGGUUUUGGUACUACCACGUGGAUGAUGUGGGGUGCUGGAAUAUUGGCCUCGAUCGGGUCCAUAACAUAUCCGGCCAUAUCGGCGUUCGUUUCAGUACAUAGUACUGCUGAUCGACAAGGGGUCGUUCAAGGGAUGGUAACGGGUAUGAGAGGUCUUUGUAACGGUUUGGGCCCCGCAAUGUUCGGAAUAAUUUUUUACAUGUUCCACGUAGAUCUAAAUGAAGGCGAGAAUCAAAACGCCACACACACAACCCAAAUAUUCGAGACGUAUUCUCAGCUCGUUCCGGGUCCGCCGUUCGUGUUCGGCGCUUUCCUAGUCAUCUGCGCGAUAUUCGUCGCUUCGUUCAUUCCAUCUAAGGCCGCUUUAGAAACCAACAUUCCGUUAGACACGCAUUACGAAAUGGAACGGGGUCAGAAAGUCCCGGGCACCCUCAGUCCCCUCAUAACCGGCCGGGGUAACAUCGACGCGGCCAUCCUGUAGAGCCAAUUGUUGCAAAAUUAAUAUCGCGCAAACGCCACUACGCAUUUCCGCCCCACCCUGUAUAUAUACUAAUGAUAGUAAGUAAAAUAAGUGUGAUCGACGGAGAGACGUGUUAAAGAGUUCCGAGUAAGAGCAUACUUUUCUAAAAAUGAUAUCGUACAUCAGACAGAUCUAUUUUGAGAUAAGAAAUAAAUUAUGUUAAGGUUUAAUAAGGUAGUUUUUAGAAGUGUUUGUAGUGGGUUCUCCCCAGAUGAAUGUCAUUUGGCACUUGAAUUAAAUCUAGUUUGAGAUAAUUAUUGUAUGUAGUAGAUGUCCGUUUGGGGAGGACCGAAGGUAGAUUUUUAGAAAAGUGUGUAUUGACGGUGAUUGGUUAGCAGAGGCAGUGACAUUUUUUAGGGCUGACAAUCUAAAAGUUUUACUUUUGUGGUAAAAAUUAAAACGAUCUUUGUUAAUUAAAGCAUUUAUGUUCCAUGCUUGAUUCAUAAAUGUGACUGAUUUUGCGACAUUGACUAACAUAGAUAAACUAAACACAUUUUUGGGAUAUUGGUUGAAAAUCAAAAAUGCUCGACUUCUUAUGGUUAUAUGUAAAAAUUAAGGACACUCAGGACAGUCUUUUUUGUUUAAUUAUACUGUGUUGGUAUUUCUACCAUUUUCAGCAAAUUAAGGUUAAUUUUUUCACUAGGUACAUAACGCAGAAGGUCAAAUCUAUGGUUGGAUGAAGCAAAUGUUUUUUUUUUAUUACUAAUUUGGAAUGAUGAAUGAGAAUGAAACUCCUAAAUCGUAACAUUAUGUUGCUUUAAUCUUGCAACUUUUGUGAAUUUUUAGUGUUAUUAAGAAUUGAAGAGCUAAGUGAUCUAAGUUCCAAAAUUAAAAAGUCCACAAAAAUAAUAAAUGAUUAAAAAUCUAAAAUAGUGGUAAAAAAUGCCCUAUUGUCCUGAUCAAUGUACUUUAGCAUUGCGCGAAGGUCUUUUUUCUUACUUUCCUUUAUUUGCUCAACACCAGGCAAGGCUAAGAGCUCAACCGACUUUAAAUUUUGCACAGUAACACCCUUUUUUAAUACACGGCACUUCUCCCAUUCUAUUAAGUCACUGAAAUUUUUCUUGUACAAUACUAUGCCGGGCUCUUCUUUCGUCACACGUAACCACGACGCUUGUGUAAUGCCUAGUUUAGUUGUAUUUAUAAGUUUUGAUGAUAGUUUAUCAAAAUCAAAAAAAGUACAUUCACCCAUAUCUAAGAGUCUGUAUGGCCUGGAAGGUCUAGCAGCCGCAAUUGCCGUUUUGACAUCGUUUACUGUCUGAAGUUUAGAACGUUUUGCUUGUUUCUCGAUAAGGGCAAAAACUCUAUCUGAAGACGAAAAACUAUGGCCGGAAACUAAAAAUGUAUGGUCGAUGGUGGCAAAAUGUCCAUUGGCUACUAAUAAAAUGUAUAAGAAAAUGAACAUUCGGUUUUUUAAUUGCCCUGCGCAGUUGUCACUCCAUAUACAUAGUUUUCGCUUAUAAGUUGAAAGCUGACCUGUGUUCAAGGCUUGUAGAAGACAUGAUGCCAUUUGGUUGCCACCUCGGCCCGACAGUCCUUCAUGCCAGAUGCACAUUAUGCCAUCUGACGUAUCUUGCACAUGUAUUCCAAAAUUGUAGCAUGACAACUGGCGGCUGUAAUACAUACUACUAUGCGUUAAUUUUGGUAGGGAAAAAACUUUCUGUAGAUUCAUGGUAAUGGUACAGGUAUCGCUACCUGGAAGAGUACUACUCGCACCGUCUUCUUGAAUGACCUUUAGAGCUUUAUCUGUUUUUCUAUGAUGCAACUCCAGCUCGUUUUUAGCUUUUCCUUGCUUCUUAAAAAAAGUAAAUCACAAGUCUUGCACGUAUCAACUCUAGGUCUUCUAAAAGAAAGAUUUGGAAAAUCCUUUAUAAAAAAUCUUCUAUAGAAUUUGUAUGUUAUAGUGCAACCAGGAUGUUUUAUUUUAAAAGCGUUGAAUAGCUUAUAGACAUUAAGGUCCGACUGAGAUAUUAUUUUUCACUUUUUGAACGGCUGUAGUGGCUCUCGUCCCUCGGAAAGCUGUUGAUGUGGUCUUUUACCAUCUGUCUAUCACGAAGGGUGUACUUGAAUUUUUUACAACCUCCUCGUUUAUCCUUGAAGGUUGUAUGCCCCUCCUUUUUACGCCUAACAAGCGUGGUAAUCUUUUGCGGACUGAUAGCAAAUAUUUUCAAAAACGUUUUUUUACAUACCCUUUUUAGGUUACCUUGCCCAUCUGGAACAGCAAAAGCUAUGGUACAUUGUCGUCUGCUUUCUGCUGAAUCAUCGUAGGUACCAUGGCGGCGACGUUGGACUGGUAAAACUUGCAAUAAUCCCAUGAGAUAGCUGCCUUGCUCUUUGAGUUAAAGGCCAUUGUAUAGAUCGAAAAGCUUAACUUUCAUAUCAAUCACAUCCCUACAGCUAAAUUUACAUUUACAGGUGAUCUGAAAUUAAAAAAAUCUCAGGGUAAUGUAACUAUCGGCUACCAAGAUUUGACUAUCGGGCCGCGCCGCGAGCGGUCUAAAAUUUCAAGCGAAAUAUCGUUAAAAAUCUCGUACUAACCUCAUUUUUGGGAACGGCUUUUCCAGGUUCUUGCAGCUUUGUUUUUUGUGUAACAUAAGAUUUUCCACUCAAUCUAGCUUCACUCUGUUUUUUUCUUCUUGAUUUCGUAUUUGUAUUAUCGCCAAACGCAAUAGAGUUCAUUGUAAUUACUUUAACAUAUAAAUACACAGACAAUAACAAUCGAAUCUAACGACAAACCAACCAAGAAUAUCGACCUGCAUACCGGCACUUAGAUCAAUUAGCAAAGAAUAAGAUGCCGGACAUAGAGGUGGCCCCAUCUUUGGACUACGUUUGCAAGCCCUAGGGUGAAAUUGGCACUUAGAUCUCAUAGUAGGAUAUUGGCGGUGGCACAUAGAAUAUAUUGAGAGAAAAAAAACGAAAAUGUACAUUUUGGCACUUAGAUCAUUUAGCUCGACCACUCUUCAAUUGCUUUAGUUGGAGCAAAUCUCGAUUUUAUUUUAAAUUCUGUAUAAAGCAAAAAACGAACAGACAAAAUUCGCUAAUUUCCACAUCUAGAACUACAAUCAGCUGAUUUCAGUAUCAAGUCACGCUUUUUUAGCCAGUACAUGGACCAAAUAGUUUGAAUCUAGGCGUGCUUAAGUGUCAAUAAGGCCAUUUUAUAUAUUUUUUUAAAUUACAAUUAAAUUAUAAAUAAAAGUUUUAAAAAAAUCCUAUUUUAAAAAACAUAAGUGCGUAAGAGCCACCAAAUGUUGCAAGAUUUGUUUAAUACCCAAUUUGUGAAUCAAUAGACAAUAAAAUCGUCAACGUUGUAAAGAUAUCUUUCUUCAGAUGCUAUUACAGAUUUUUUUUUGCAUUAUAAUUUUUUUCAGACAGAAGGUCAAGUUGGGUAGGGCUGAUCUUAGUAUUUGCCGGGUAUCACAUUAAAAUUAUUUAUUAACAUACCUAAAUUUUACUCAAUAUGAAGGUUUUUUUCUGACAUCAGUUUCAGCCUACAGCCCAAGAAGAGAAAUCUUUUAUUUAUGAAUUUUUCUUUUAAUAAAAGAUACUGCUUCUACUCACAGAUAACCCCAAAGAAUCUUUUUUUGUUGGAUUUAUAGACCAGGUUUUCAGAAUUAACAACAUUAUGACAGCUAAGGACGUAUGUAAUACGAAAAUUGGAAAAAGAGGCAAUUGGUUAACAAACGACGUGCCUAAUUUAUAAUUUUUAAAGUGGUUCUAGGAAAGUGCUUAAAGGGUGUACUAAUAUCAAAUAUUUUCUCAGUGCAUUUAUAACCAUAAAAAGUUAAGUAAAGAAUUUGUAGUUAAAAUAUCGUUGUCAGGUACUAAAAAAAAUCUUACUGCCUUCGCCACAAAAGCACGAUAAUCCUGACAGGAAAAAAAAGUAUUAUUUACCUCUCAUUGUUGUUAUUAUUGUUGCGAAUGGGGGAAUGAACAAGGGAGUAAACUUGACUUAAAAAUCAUUACGCUUAAUUUUAGAGGACUUUCUAUGGGUAAAUAAUGCGGAGUUGUAUAGUAAAACUCGCUUUUACAAGAGCUCCAAAUGAAAAGCCAGUCAAUUUUCACUUCUAAUACUACUACUGCUGCUGCUGCAGGACGGAUUCUGUAUUCUAUUUAAUUAUUUUCUACUUGUACAAAAUUAGUUAAGGUUUAAAGUUUGUUUAAUUAUAAAUUAUGUUACUAGUUAUACUAUACAGGUGUCGCUAAUGAAAUCACUGACGCUGUUUCUAACUUUUUUGCUACUAGAAAGUUAAAAAUAGUGCUAGCGGGGUCAUUUGGAUAUACAAUACGUUUCGAGCUGCAUAUGGCGCUCGCUCUUUACUGCAUCGCGUUUAAUUUGCGCACUGUCGAGUGCGAAAGUUGGACGUAAAAAAUUGGUAGAAUAAUCGCUGCUUGGUUAUUCCUAUGUUUGGCUGUGGUAAUUUUUAGUUUUAAAAAGGUUGUCGGGACGUCUUGUAUAACGUUUGGGAGAGUGGGCGUUGCGCAGGUUGAUGAGUCACAAUAUUGUUAUAUUCGGUUGGUAAGUAAGAUUUAUAGUGUGGUAUUUUUGCUAGUUCCUAUUAGUCAUUAUAUAAAAUAUACUUAUGUAAGCAUAUUUAAUUAGUGAUUAGUAUAAAGGCAUGAAAGAGUAAUGUACCUAUUCAUUUGAACACUAUUUAAAAAAUACAGUAUUUAAGAAGUAUUUGGUUGUGACUAUAAAUUUUACUUAACGAUAAUAUGACAAGAAUAAUAAUGAGAUCUGCUAUGUAUUUUAGGUAAUGUUACAACAUAAGACAUCUGAUAAUGAAAAAUGAAAUUUACUAGUCAAAUUUAUGAAGAGGGUUUUUAAUGCGCGAUUUCGAUACAUUUAAUAAAAGAAUUACAUUUUGGGUUUAUAUCGAAAGUUUUACAUAAGUAAAUACACAGGAUGCCGGAAAUUAAGCGUGCACUAUUGUUACACUUUUUAUUCUUGAAGAUACAGAUAUAAGCUAUAUGUGACCUGGUUUAUGAAAAGAAGGCUUAGGUGUGAAAAUAGUUAUUAUACAGGGUGUUCGAAAAAUAGACGGAGAUAUUUCAAUGGGUGAUUUCUUGUAAAAAAAUGAGAUAAAUUUUCUAUAAACUUGCGUCCGGAAAUGCACACACAACACCCUGUAUAUUACAAGUGCUUAAAAAGUGAAACUUUAUAAACCCUUGGAAGUGUGUAAAGUGAAUACUUUACGCUUGGUAGUAUAACAAAUCAUUUUCCAAUUUUUUUUGCCAGUUUGAAUAUUGUUUAAGACGCUCUUUCAUAAAGUAAUUAAAUAUCUUUAAUCUAUAUUAUCUUUAAAUAAACACGUUCUAAUUCUUUACAACAGAUCACUUUGGCUUCGAUAUGGUUUAUUAUUACUAAUAAAUCAAUUUCGUUUUUUGACAAUUCUAAAAAAAAUAUUUCUCGUAUUCUCGAUCAUUUUUCUUGGUAUAAUUGUUUGGCAUUUGGCAUUACAACAAUUUUUGGACGAAUAUUUGUUUACCAGCGACUGUUUCUCUUCAUCGAUGGCAGAUCAAUCUAUUUUAAUGAAACUUCGUUUCAUAUCUUCUGAAUGAGACAAAUGUAGUUCAUCUUCAUCGUAAUUCGAAUGAACAUCAUCAUCGGACCCGUCAUCGUAACUAUCGUUUUCAGGAAAAUAUUGACUGUAGGCACUAAACUCUUCAUUAACUGAUGUUUAUUAUUUUGUGAUUGCAAAAGACCAACAGAAACAAUCAAAUUAAUUUAAUAACAAAAAAGCCUGCCCGAUAACACUUAAAAACUUACUUCUUCAGUGGUUCUCGUAUUCUCCCGAAACUAACAACGUAUGCAAUUAACUGCGAUAAUAUUUUAAAUAGAAAUAACAUAUGACGUAUUGAAUAUAGUUAAGAUGGAGAAAAGGAGAGAACUAACGAGGAAUUAACAAAAAUAAUUAUUUACCUUUUCUAAUUAUUUUCGCAUGUAAGCUCUCUCUCCGUAGACCAGGAACAAAACAUUUUUUAUGAACUUGUUAUUAAAAACUGUCUAUAGGAGUUAUAAACAGUUUUUACAUCAAAUUAAAACAUUAUUUUAUUUUUAUUUUAAAGCCAACUUAACUUACGGGCUUUAAAAUGCCAAAAAAAGGAUUUUGUGAAAAAAUUUAUGUUUUUUUUGUGAAAACUAUAAUUAUUGCAAUGAAAAAUCCCCCACACGUGACCAGCCUCACACAACACAACUUGUGCGUGGCCAGAGGCUUCCUACCACCGUGCAAUUCUUCGUAUUUAAAUUAUCUACAGUAACUGCUCAUUAUUUUGAUCUUGAGAAGAAAAACGCACUUUUUUAUUUAGAAACAGCUAAACAACGGGUUAACAAUAAUGCAGACUUCAUUUCAAGCACCUUGUAUAUUUGUUUGGUUUCGAUUAUUUGUAAUGUCAGAUAAAGGGGUUUCUUUUAACAAAUUAUAAAAUAAUUGGGUAAUUUUGUUUAAACGUGUCAUUAGGGUGCUAAACUAAAAAAUAAAAUUGACGAGUGGCCCAUGAUAACUGGAACAUUAGAAGUACCUGUUUUCUUACCUAAAAUUCUUUAUUAAGUAACAAGGUUUUAUGAGGUGAUUUUGAAUAAAUACCAACCUGCGCAAUCUCACUCCUCCAACCAGCAUUUUUCACUAGAUUUAGUCCAAAAAAUAUAUAUCAUUGGCCUUUAUCUUGUCAAAAUACGCUCUUUUAGAUUUACUGUUUUUAUAUGCAUAUUUUUUCUCUAUUUAUUUCUACGUCUUGAAGCGCUGUUUUUACAAAUAGGUUAUGACAAGAAAGAUUUUAAUUAAUAAAGAAGUAUUUUAAGGUAUUAGAAAUAUUACACAUACCAGUUAAAGAGGAAAUAAAUUAAAUAAUGUUUAUGUAA